AUGUUUUUUUACGUUAUAUUGAAUUAUGCAUCAAUCAUAACAAAUUCUGAUAUCAAAGAUUUAAACAUUACAGAAGAACAAUAUUCUCACAACAGUAACAAUUUGCCCACAUUUACGUCGGAGAGAAACUAUUUUGUUUCAUUAUCACAACAAAGUUCUAACGUUAAAUAUAAAGUCUGCACGGAAGAGGCUUUAAGCAGGAAUACAAAAAUGAAAUUUUUAGAUAUCGAAAAUUUGUCUAAACAAGACGAUCAACUGAAUCAAGAAAAUUUUGAUUCGUUUUUAAUUUUAAGUAAAGAUUUUGAUACUUCUUGUUGUUUUAAAGACAGUAUAGGACCCUGUGACACCAAUAAAUUGAAUAAUAUUUCUGAAAAUUCAAUAUCAAUAAGUAGUGUAUGUAAAGAUGCAAAUAAGACUCGUUGUGAUAAUUUAAACAAUAUUGAUUUUUCUACCGAUUAUUUUAAUAAUAUAUUAUUAAAUGAUACUGAUGUAUUUUUUAACCAAGGAUCGAUAGUUGAAAGUAGCGAUUCUGAUGAACCCUUUUUUGAUAAUGUCAAAAAUUUAUCUGAUGAUGAUAGAGGUGACACUUUGAUAGAACAACAUUCUUAUAUUUAUGGUGAUAAUGACAUUGAUUUUCAAAAUGAUGAAAAGUUGAAUCUUGAAAGUUUAUUUCCUAUAAGUGAUAGUAUAAACAAUUACAUAAAUUCUGAUUUGGAUAGACGUGAUCAUAAUCAAAAUCCUCAAUGUUCAACGGAUUACUAUUUUCAAUACAAUGAUAAAAUGAAUAAAGAAAACAUAGAAGCUGACAAUGCAAGCCUUGAUACGGAGAUUAUUAAUUUUCCUGAUGAUUGUUGUUUAAAUAAAAAAGUAAAAAUUUUAGACAAAAACGUAAAAAAGAAAAGUAAUAACUUUGCUAGUAGUUUAAAUUCAGAUAAUUCAUUUUCUAAUUUUGAGGAGAAUAUAACUGAUGUAAAAGACCAAAAAGGCGAUGAUAUUGUUUUUGCUUCUGAAUCAAAUAAUGACGAUUUUUUUGCUGUAAAUUCACUGCAAAACAAUUUACACAUAAUUUUAGUUAAAAAUCAACAGAAAUUUUGUGUAAUCCGCGAAAAUUUUUUUUCGAAUGUAUAUAAACAUGUUAAAACGGAUUUUAUAUCUUUUAAUUUUGUUAAAAAUCAUAAAUAUUGUACUAUGCGACGCAAUAUUAGAGAACACUUUGCAAAAUUGUCAAAAUGCCUUUUUAAAGAUUUUGAUAGCAGAAUUACGGCCUCCGUAACUUUAAAUCUUCCAAAUAAUAUUAAACAUUUAAUAAUAGAAAAUAUUGAGUUUUAUAAAUGUAUUGUUAAAUUUGUUAUUGAUUUAAAGAGUUAUAUAAAAAUGUCUAAAUAUGGUUUCUGUGGUACAGUAUAUAACUUAAAAUUGACGAAGUACAUUGUUGAAGAUAUUAUAGCUUUAUUUGAUACAACAAUAAAGAAUAUUUAUGAAGUGUGUAUGGAUAAUAAAUUUUUUGGAAGUGAGUUGGCCCAUGAUAUAAAGAAAGUUAUUAUAAUUCUUAAAUCGGAGAUUAUUUUAUUAAAUAAUCGACUCGAAUAUAUUUAUAUUCAUAUAAAAAAAUUUGCGGGAUUUUUGGAUGCUAUAAAGCAAUAA